AUGGAACCGAUCAUGACCAACAGGAUCGUUGUGGCCAAGACCCACAUCGAUGGUGCCCCGAAAGUGACCGACUUCGAGGUCAAGUCCCAACUUCUGGCCCAGUCAGCCCAGCCAGCCGGCUCCGUCGUCGUCAGGAACCUCUAUGUGUCGAUCGACCCUUACCAGCUCAACCGCUUUAAGAGCGACUGCUCCCGUCAGCGUUACAGCAAAUUGACCCCAGCCAUUGCUCCUGGAGAGGAAAUUGAUUGUUAUGGAGUUGGGAAAGUUGUGGCUUCAGGGGACCCUGAGUAUCAAGAGGGCGACUUGGGAAAAGAAAAAGAGAGAAAUGCGAUGAUGGAAGAAGCACUCAUCAUCACAAACAGAAGCAUAGUUAUCAAGACCCACAUCAAUGGCUUCCCAAAAGAGACGGACUUCCAACUGAAGUCCGAAGCUUUGCCCCUUAACGUCGAACCCGGUUCGGGUCACGUCAUCGUGAAGAACCUCUACCUCUCGAUCGACCCUGCCCAGCUCAACCGCAUGAAGAGCUACAGCACUUCUCAAUCUCAUCACAGCAUCCAAGCUGCUGCUGCCGCCGCCAUUGCUCCUGGCUCGGAAAUUCGUGGUCAUGGAGUUGGCAAAGUUGUGGCUUCAGGGGACCCUGAAUUUCAAGAGGGUGACUUGGUGGCAGGGGAACUUACAUGGGGAGAAUACUGCUUGAUGAAACCAGGAGUGUUCUACUUCAGGAAACUGGACUCCAUGGGACUCCCUUUGUCCUGCCAUGUUGGAACUUUGGCAUACAGUGGGAUGACAGCGUACGCGGGGUUAUUCGAGGUCUGCAAGGUGAAGAAAGGAGAGAAAGUGUUUGUUUCUGCAGCUGCUGGUUCAGUUGGACACAUAGCCGGGCAGCUGGCAAAGCUCCAUGGCUGCUAUGUAGUUGGCAGUGCUGGAACAACAGAAAAGGUGGAAUUGCUGAAAGGGAAGCUCGGUUUCGACGAUGCAUUCAACUACAAAGAAGAAGCAGAUCUCAAGGCGACUCUUAGAAAGCAUUUCCCACACGGGAUCGAUGUAUACUUCGACAGUGUUGGUGGCGAGAUGCUCGAAGCAGCAGUUGCCAACAUGAACUUGUUUGGCAGAGUAGCUGCUUGUGGGGCGAUUUCAGAGUAUACGGGGAGUGGAAGAAAAGCUGCUCCUGAUAUGGUGGAAGUCAUAUACAGGAGAAUCCAAAUCCAGGGGUUUUUGUGCCCUGAUUUCUUGAGUGUUCACUCAGAUUUUAUCUCUGCAACUUGUGAUCAUCUGAGGUCCGAGAAGAUGGUCUCGGUCGAAGACAUCUCGACCGGGUUGGAAAGCAUACCUUUGUCGUUUGUCGGACUUUUCCAUGGCAGUAAUAUUGGGAAGACAAUUGUGCAGAUUGCAGUGGAGUGAAUGACAAGAAACAAAGACCAAAUUAGUAAUAUCUCUCUGGUCAAAAGAACCAAUUAACUUAAAUGUUACUUUAGCUGUUGCAUCCAGUGUGAGAUGACAUUUAUACGGUGUGAGAUACCGAACGAAUGAUGAAGCCAAUUGGACUUAUCACGACUUUGUUAUUGUAUCUCUAUUAUUAUGCCUUAAAUCGUUACACUCGA